CCGGAAGAGUGAUGUGGCUGGGGGUAGCUGAGGUCUCACUAUGUCUGCCAUUUUCAACUUUCAGAGCCUACUGACAGUCAUUUUGCUGCUUAUAUGUACCUGUGCAUACAUCAGAUCCUUAACUCCCAGCCUCUUGGACAAAAAUAAAACUGGACUUUUGGGUAUAUUUUGGAAGUGUGCCAGAAUUGGUGAACGAAAGAGUCCCUAUGUAGCAGUGUGCUGUAUAGUAAUGGCUUUCAGCAUCUUGUUCAUCCAGUAGCUGUAAAAUGCCAGAAUUUAAUUGCUGUCAGAUUUCUAUAGAUAAAGGACUUGCCUACAGAAAACAAUGGGAAGAGUGAUUAUUGAUCCUUUCAGCUGUGUACCUUGAUUGAAAGACUCCUGGUUGCUGUUCUCAAUUAUAUGUGUUAAUGGACCAAGGUUGUUCUCUAUAAAUACCUAAGAUGCAACUGUUAAUACCAGAAUGCAAUGAUAUCUACAUAAUGAUCCAUCUUAUUUACAGAUUUGCCACUACAAUGGCAUUCUGAAAAUGGCAUUCUUUUGAUCUACAGGAAGUUUCUAUUACAUACAAUAGAAAGCAAACUUGGUAAAUGAUUGCUCAAGUUCCUUUCUAUGUGAUUUGGGGGGGGAGGGAAUUGUAUCCUUAUAUAAGAACACAUUUCUAUAACACAUUUUUUAAUUUGAGAAAAAUGGUUGAAUAUUUUGCAAAUGUUCACAAAAAUUGCAUUUGUGUCUAAUAAUGCUUUAAACAUGUUUUCCCUGGCCAACUCAAUUUGUACUGUUUUAUCUGCAGUUUACUAUAUUUUCCAACCUUAUGAAGUCAGUCUAUGCAGUACAUAGACAGGAAAAUUGUUAAGAUUGUAUAUGCAAGUAUGUAUUGUAUGAAAAAAUAUUGUUUUCCAAUACAUUAUAAAAGAUAUGAAUUCUUACAGAUUUUCUCAUUUAAAGCAAAAAACUAUCAGGAAAGUUUACUAGGGUACUUCUCCUUGACAUUUGGAUCUAUAUACAUCUUAAGCAUUUAUUCAAAAAUCUGCAACUCCAGAAGAAACAUUUGAAAGAUAAGGUGAACUAAUUAGAACAAUUGUGAAAUGAUGAUUCUUAUGUUUCAUUGAUUUGCACCUCAAGUCUCGAAUAACAAAAUAUUUGUUUUCAUUGCCAGAAAUUCAAACUUGCAGGUCAGGGGGGAUUUUUUUUUUUAAACCUUGGAAAUACAUCAGUUGACCCAUAUAAAUGGGUUGGGGUUUUUUUUGACAACUUGAUCUGGUGUCUUUUGGUUGUCUAAAGAUAUGUAACUGGUAUAUGUAAGUACUGAGCUACACCAAAUCCAUUAAUUUAAUGUUCUCUGUUCUUAAAAAAUUCAUUACAAAUUGCUCUAAGCUUGAACAAAAGAAUAAUUUCAGCAACUUUUAAAACAACAAAGUAAAUCAUAAAAGGGCAAUUUAUGCAUUCUCUGAGUGUAGUUACUUUUUUGGGUCUUCAAGGAAAAGGCAUAAAGGGAAAUUCUCAUGAUUAGAUAUACUUAAAAUUUUCUUAUUUCAAUUGAAAUUCAGUUUCAAAAUAGAGUUCAAAACUUAUGAGACAUUUAAUUAUUUUAAUUGGGUUUCUUGUGUUGUCAGAUUCUAGACUAAUUUUGUAAAACUUUUGCUCAGAUGUUGAGAUGAAUAUAUGUAUAUGUGGAUUCUUUGGGCAUUUAUUAUCUUCCACUGUUUGAAACCUCAGUUGCCCAGUUAUUUGGUCCAGAUCUAUACUGUGUAUUCAAAGGGAUCCAUGCUUUUUGAUAGAAAUAAUAAAUUUCAAAUCUGAGAAGGACCUUACUUAAAAAGCAUUUAAAGAACUUCAUUUCUUAUUUUGACUUAAAAGUUGGUGAGAAUUGUAUGAGAAUACUUCUAAAUUAAAAAUUGGCCUCCUCUUAGUCUCUCUUUUCAGAAAAGCUCCUUAAAAACUGAAAAAAUGUGUCAUUUUUUUUUUAUCCGGAAACAGUCUGAAAUUUUAUCAUUUGUAGAACAGUGUUUUGUUUUGCUUUCUAUUUUUUAAUUUAAUUUUCAAGGGGGAGGAAAGUCAUGGGAAUAAAAUCUUUUAUAAAAAAAAA